AUGAAACUCCAAUGUGUGUGUAAAGAUUGGCGUGGUUUGAUCAGAAGUCCUGACUUCAAAAUUGUGCACUCCAACCAUCCAAAGAACCAGGAUAACCGUGUGAUCCUCCUCAAUCUCGUCAUCGGAGGCACCCCAAACGAGCCGGACUCCACAAUCCGCCGCCGCCCUGGUGAUCCCUGCUUCACCGUUUUUCAAUUCCUUUCUUACGAUCACAAUGAAUCAUCACUCCGCAAGGUUGCCCCUGAUCUUGUAUCAUAUUUUGGUCAAAGUCUGUUCAUUGCCGGUCCUUGCAACGGUCUUCUCUGCCUGUCACAUGUCGCCGGCGUCCGGCGCCACUGUCACCCUCUAUCUAGCGGAUGUGAGUGCAUGUGUUUGUGGAAUCCAUCUACUCGUGAGACAAUGACUCUUCCUCCUCGACCUUAUGAGUACCCUCAAGGAUUCUCCCUCAGAUUUGGGCACGUCGGAUUUGGAUUCGAUUCUCGUGCUAAUGCAUAUAAGGUUCUGUGUAUAUCUGUACCGAAGAUGGAGAUAACAUCAAGAGACGAGGAACACGAUUGGGAAUGGGGUCUUAAUAUGUUUGACGACCACGAAGUAGGAAAUACAUAUAUCAUGGACCAUCCAAAUGAUCACUGCCUGGUUGAUGUCUAUGACCUCAGCUCUAAUUCUUGGAGACGAGUGACUACCACCGACUUGGAACCCGUAAGCAUUGACAAUGGUAUAUUGUUUCGUGGAUCACACCACUGGGUCACAUACCGAAUAGUCUCAGUCGACACUGCCGAAUUGCUUAUUGCUUACUAUGAUAUGAGCCUUGAUGUAAUUGGACAUAUGAAACAUCCUGGUCCUGAUGAGCGAGACGCUGGUUGGUUUGCUUCGCUGGCGAUGAUUCUGGACUCUCCUACUUUUCCUAUGGAUCUCUCUGACAGACGAUGUGCCCUCACCGUGUGGGUGAUGACGGAAUAUGGGACUGAUUCGUCAUGGAUGAAGAAAUGUUCGGUGAUUGUUGGCGAAAUCGGCAAAGUGAUGGCUUGUUUGAACAACGAGAAACUCCUCCUUCAAAGUCACAAUUGCUCGCCAACCCGUAAAAUCAUUUAUUCAGAUGUAUCCUCGUGUGAUAUCCGACAGGAUACAUGGGACAUCAUCUCCCAAGAGAAGAGAUAUGGCAUUACCGGAUACGAAAUGGGAGCAGUGAUUUUUAAGGAGAGUUUGGUUCCAAUCCAAUCCACCUGA